AUGAAUGAAUAUGCCAAGCAGAUCAGGGAGUACAGGUCACAGGAGAAGCCAGGAAAGACGCAUGGUAAAGUCUUCGUGCGGGUGCUGGGCGUGAAGAAUCUGAACGUACCGCUACCGCGAGAACAAACGGCCAUUACAUGCACACUCAAUAAUGGUAUUCAUUUCGUCACGACGCCCGAAUGCAAGCUUGGAAGAGAAUGUCGUAUUGACCAGGAGUUUGAGCUUAUUGAGCACAGCAAGCUCGAGUUUACGCUCACCCUUAAGAUACGGCGAGACCCACAUAUAGUGCAACAAUUCAAAGCAAUAGCCCCACCCCCGCCUCCUCCCCCUGUAGCAGCACCCCCUCCAGCACCAAAAGGCGGAAUGUUUAGCUUCCUUUCCUCGUCGCCCAAAAAGCCUUCCAAAUCCGCCUCACGAGCUCCACCCCCUCCUCCCCCCGCCCCGAAGAUGCCAGAAAAUCUUGCGCGAUACUUGAAGCAAGAUGGGACACUUGCACGCGCCUUCAUAUCGUUCAAAGACGUUGCUGCGCGAUGCGAUACACGGCUAUUCGAGAUAAGCUAUCCACUAAUUGGGCAGCGUGUCGAGGAAGCUAGCCCUGGGGGUAAGGGACGAACUUCAACAAUGGAGCUUGGAGAGAUUGUUUUACAGAUGUUCAGGCUCCCACCGCUGCCUGGCGUGCCGAUUGAUGAGCUGCCACAGAGUUUAGAGGAAUGUCAUCGGGGCCUGAGGCAUGUGGGAUGGCAUAAGGUGACGUACUUUGAGGGUACGUUGACGCAGAAUGGGGGUGAUUGUACCACUUGGCGUCGUCGACAGUUCCGUGUGAUUGGUGCGAACCUAGUGGCUUUCAAUGAUGUGACGAAGCGUGCAACGGCAACAAUCAAUCUCAAGAAAGCCGUCGCGGUGGAAGAUAUCCAGGAAGCACGAAAUAACGUUUUGAGUCCUGCUUCGCGUACGAACGGUCGAAAUACCUAUGCGGAUGACUAUGAUGGGCUGUAUGGCGUGGAAAGGUCAAUAAGGUUGUUAUUUGCUGGCAAUCAAGAAAUAUUAUUUUUUGCGGAUACGGAUGAGGAGAAGGCAAAGUGGCUUGACGUACUUCGUGCGCUGGUUGGACGUAUCCCGCCGAACCCACUUUGGGCAGAACUUAUAUGGCAGCGGCAGCAAGAACUUGGGAAGCAGGCUGACGCUGGACAGAUUAGGGGCAUUUGCGUGCCUCUUUGCAUUGCGCUCUCGUGGUUUGGCUGA